UCACCGUCGGUAAUCCACGCCGGAGGAGCUCCAGGAGGUUGCAGAGGUGCUGUUAGGUUAACAUAAUGGGGAAGAUUGAGUGGGCGAUGUGGGCUAAUGAGCAGGCUUUGGCGUCGGGUCUAAUUCUCCUCACAGGAGGAAUCGUAGGCGUUGCUGGACAGUUCAGAGGGUGGCAGUUUGCUGCUUAUGCAGUUGCUGCUGGGGUGUUUGUGUGUCUACUUGAGUAUCCCAGAAGCAAGAGGGCCAAGGGCACAAGCGUCGAGAGAACGGGCCAGUACUGCUUCACUGUGUGUGUAAAAGCAUUUGGACCGCUGACCAGGAACUACUAUGUCAGGGCAUUUUUACAUGCUGCCAUCUGUGUACCUGGAGGUUUUAUGCUUGCCACUGUUCUCGGAUGUGUCUGCCUUGGCAUUGCCAGCCUCAUCUACCUUGCAGCCGCUAUACGAGGCGAGCAUUGGGAGCCCAUUCUUCCACGGAAGGAGACCCGAAAACCAGUUGGAGAGAGCAUCAAGAAUCCUCCUCAGAAUCCACCACCAAGACCUCCUCCAGAGAUGCGCAGGAAACAAGCAGGCGACCUUGAAAAAUCAGCCUAUGACAACCCCAUGUCUGUUACUGAUGAUGAAUAAGCAGUAUAGCUUCAAUCCAUAACCAGUUACAGUUUACUGGAUUGUGUAACUCUGGAUGAACAAAGUUUUUCUGAAGUUUAGUGUUUCUAUUGGCCGGACAACAAGUUAGACACACACCUCCUUACCUCAACUUGGAGAAAAAUGGGAGGAGAAAAUGAAGGAAAUAAUUUGUUCAAUGAAGAAAGAACAAUCAGACAACAGAAUAUAAAUGUAAACACUGUAGCUCCUAAGUGUCAUCCGCUAGCAAAUAUUGUCAAUUUGUUUUAAGUUGUUCUGCAUCCAAAAUAAUUACACUGUGUUUUUAACCCUUUACGUAUUUCUUAAAAAGCAGCUCAUCCCAAUGCUGUUUAAUAGGAAUAAAUGGACCUCCUGUUCUUGACUGUAUCUGGCUGAUAUUAAGCCAUUUAUUAAACUUUUUGCUAGCAUUUUCACUGUGUUGUAAAUAAACUCCUUUU